AAAUACCUUACACUGAAAGAAUUCCAACAAAGUUGACUCAUUCCUAUUUAGCAAAGCGAGGUAAAUAUAGUCUUUUUUUAUAACGAGGAUUUAUUAUUCCUUUCAUGUACUGACUAUUGUAUAGGAGACCAUUGAUUAGCCGCUCUGUAUUGGCACAAAGCACACAGAGGUGCAGCGUCCAGUGAAGCCUAACUGCCUGGUAGAAAGGAAGGGACUGUCUGUGUGAAACAAGCAGGGUAGGAAAAGUCGACUUACCUGUAACCCAGGUUCUGGCAUCCCUCACCAACUCUGCCUCACUCUAGUAGUACCUGCUCCGACUUGAAAGUCCAGUUUCACAAGGAAGAAUCGUGGAGGAAGAAAAAUAUGUCACAGGAGACGGACAAUAAGCGGCUGGUGGUGGUGGUACCCAAUGAGACGUCCUUCCAAGGGCGGCGUGCAUACACCAGCGAGGAUGAGGCAUGGCGGUCCUACUUGGAGAACCCUCUGACUGCAGCCACUAAGGCCAUGAUGAGUAUCAAUGGAGACGAGGACUCUGCUGCAGCCCUGGGACUGCUCUACGACUAUUACAAGGUUCCUAAAGAAAAGAGACUGUUGCCCAUCGCCAAAGUGAUUGAAGUUUCAGAGGAGCAGGAAAAGAGGGGAGGCUCGGGGACCAGCAUCAAUGGCCAGCAGGGUGACAACAUAGAGAUGGUGGACAACCGAGUCCAGGUGCUGAAGUCUGUCCCGGUCAACCUGUCGCUCAACACUGACCACCUGGACAAGAGAGUAAACAUGUCCCUCAACACUGACCACCUGGACAAGAGGGAGGAGUACGGGGUGGGGACGGGUGAUGGACCUGGGGCUAUUGCCUUGGUGAAGGCAGAGAUGUUUGCCCCGGUGUUCAUGGGUCCUGGGGUUGGGACGGGGGUGCACUACCGAGUAGAGGGCGAGGAGCAGGAGUCAAGGGUUGUCUAUGAACAGAUGAGUCCGUAUGUAUCCGAUGUGUCAAUAGUUAGUCACGGAGGAUAUGUUAAGGAGGACCAGCGCAGCACGCCUGAUGACAGCCCGUAUGAAGAGGAGAGCGAUGUGAAAUACCACACACCGAAGUCUAUAGCACAGGAAGAGUUUAUCUUCGACCAACAAGUAGUGGAUACGUUUCAGUACAAGCUGGAAGCCACCAGGUCACUGCGUGUGAAGCAGGGGGAGGGGCCCAUGACGUACCUGAACAAGGGCCAGUUCUACGCUGUGACGCUCAGCGAGCUGGGAGCUAACAAACGCCUGAGACAUCCAAUCAGCAAAGUCAGGAGUGUCAUCAUGGUGGUGUUCAGUGAAGACAAGAACAGAGACGAACAGCUGAAGUACUGGAAGUACUGGCACUCCCGCCAACACACUGCUAAACAGAGAGUACUAGACAUAGCGGACUAUAAGGAGAGCUUCAACACCAUCGGUAACAUUGAGGAGAUAGCCUACAACGCUGUCUCCUUCACCUGGGAUGUGAACGAAGAGGCCAAGAUCUUUAUCACAGUGAACUGUCUAAGUACAGACUUCUCGUCUCAGAAGGGGGUGAAGGGUCUUCCUCUGAUGAUCCAGAUUGACACAUACAGCUACAACAACCGCAGCAACAAGCCACUGCACAGAGCCUACUCUCAGAUCAAGGUGUUCUGUGACAAGGGAGCUGAGAGGAAGAUCAGAGAUGAGGAAAGGAAACAGAACCGCAGGAAGACUAAAGGGAAGGAUGGAGGACUAGGGGUGAUAACUCUCCCUAAGAAGCCUGACACCACCUUCUUCAAGACCAUGACUGACCUGGAGGCCCAGCCUGUACUCUUCAUCCCUGAUGUCCACUUUGGAAACCUGCAGAGGGCUGGACAGGUAUUUGCCUUUAACACAGAAGAGAUUGAGAGAGGAGGGAGUGUGUUGGUUAAGAGGAUGUUCAGACCGUCAGAGGAUGACCUCUCACCUCCUUCCCACAAACAGAUCAAAGAGGAAACACACAAGAGAGUCCUGCUGUAUGUGAGGAAGGAGUCGGAUGAGGUGUUUGAUGCUCUGAUGCUCAAGUCUCCAACCCUGAGAGGCCUGAUGGAAGCAAUAUCAGAGAAGUAUGGAGUUCCCACUGAGAGGAUAGCCAAGAUCUACAAGAAAAGCAAAAAAGGGAUCCUGGUGAACAUGGACGACAACAUCAUAGAGCAUUACUCUAAUGAAGACACCUUCAUCCUAAGCAUAGAGAGCUAUUCUGACGCCUACAAGGUCACACUCACCGAAAUAUGAUGUCUGAAGGACUCUAGGUCUAGGGCCGGGGGGGACAGUACAGAGGGACAGGACAGUACAGGACGACAGGACAGUACAGGAGGACAGGACAGUACAGGAGGACUGAGUGUAGGGUCGGGGGGACAGGACAGUACAGGAGGACUGAGUGUGGGGUCGGGGGGACAGGACAGUACAGGAGGACUGAGUGUAGGGUCGGGGGGACAGGACAGUACAGGAGGACUGAGUGUGGGGUCGGGGGACAGGACAGUACAGGAGGACUGAGUGUAGGGUCGGGGAACAGGACAGUACAGGAGGACUGAGUGUAGGGUCGGGGGGACAGGACAGUACAGGAGGACUGAGUGUAGGGUCGGGGGGACAGGACAGUACAGGAGGACUGAGUGUGUGGUCGGGGGGACAGGACACUACAGGAGGACUGAGUGUGGGGCCGGGGGGACAGGACACUACAGGAGGACUGAGUGUAGGGUCGGGGGGACAGGACAGUACAGGAGGACUGAGUGUAGUGUCGGGGGGACAGGACAGUACAGGAGGACUGAGUGUGGGGCCUACGAGGGACCGGGACCAGAAGCACCGGUUCCAAUACAAGAGCCAAUGCCGUUUAACAAAUCCAGGCGUUUACAUUUGUUGGAUGACAUGAAAAUAGAGCUCUUUGGCCAGACAUCGAAAUGAGAAUGUAUGAGCUGAAAAUAACCUCAUACCUACUGGAAAGUAUGGUGGUGGAUCUUUGAUGUUUAGGGGCUAUUUACCUUCCACUGGUCCUGGAGCCCUUGUUAAGGUCAACAGCAUCAUGAACUUUACCCAGUACAAGGACAUUUUAGCCAAAAAACCUGGUUAGCUCUGUCAGGAGGCUGAAACUUGGCCGCAAGAGGAUCUUCCAGCAAGACAAAAACCUCAAGCUCACAAAAUACACAAAGAAAUUGUUAAUUGGCCACAAAAUCAACAGCAAUGGACAUCUUAGUCUCCAGACUUGAAACCCACUGAAAACCUAUGGUUUGAUUUGAAGGGGGCCGUCCAUAAACCCAUUCAAACAAUAUCAAGGAUCUGGAAGGAUUCUCUAAAGAGGAAUGGUCUCAGAUCCCUCCCAAUGUGUUCUCCAACAUAAAACAUUUUAGAAAAAGGCUCAGGGCUGUUAUCCUCACAAGGCUGGGUAUUGAAUGCAAGCUCUAGCCAUAGGCGACAUACAUACAGAGUACACAAUAAUACAGACAUAGUACUCAACACUGCAGACAUAGUACUCAACAGAGUACACAACCCUACAGACAGAGUACACAACCCUACAGACAGAGUACUCAACCCUACAGACAGAGUACUCAACCCUACAGACAGAGUACUCAACACUACAGACAGAGUACUCAACACUACAGUCAGAGUACUCAACACUACAGACAGAUGGAAUAUGAACCGAUCUCUUCACAGCCUACAUGAUAUAGUUAUAGUGUGUUAGUCCCUCAAUGGAACAGGUUAACAUGUAGAAUCCUUGGAUGCUGAGUGUAGGGAUGUUUUAUCUGUUACUUAAACCUGUCAGACCCCAAUCUAAUGAGCUUUAACUGUCAAUAUAAUUAAUAAUUAAUUAAUUAAUAAUUAUUUUGCUGUUGUAUGUUGAGCAUGUAUAGUUUUACAUGGUUUUGCUAAAUGACCAUGGAUAGUUGAUAAAAGGGGUAUUUACAUUUACAUGUUAGUCAUUUAGCAGAUGCUCUUAUCCAGAGAGACGUACAGUUAGUGCUUUUUUUUACACAUUUUUUUACACCAUUUUAAAGAUAAACUUCUCGUUAAUCCAACCACAGUGUCCGAUUUCAAAAAGGCUUUUCGGCAAAAAUUUAAUAAUCUGAGAACAGCAUUCAGCCACAAAUGCAAGCCAUACCCGCCAAAUUGUGGAGUCAACAAAAGUUGUAAAUAGCAUUGUAAAUCUUCACUUACCUUUGCUGAUCUUCGUUGGAAUGCACUCCCAGGACUCCCACUUCCACAAGAAAUGUUUGUUUUGUUUGAUUACGUCCAUAUUUAUGUCCAAAUACCUCAGUUUUGUUCGCUCGUUUAGUUCACUAUUCCAAAGGCACAAUGCCGAGCGCAAAAUCCAGAAAAGUCAAAAGAGUUUCAUUACAGUUUAUGGAAACAUGUCAAUCGAUGUUUAGAAUCAAUCUUUAGGGUCUUUUCAUAAUUAAUCUUCAAUAAUAUUCCAACCGGACAAUAGCGUAUUCAUGACAGAGGAAAAAGAAGGCACGGCAUGGUGACCGUGCAGUGAACAACUGAUUGGCCUCAGCCUAGUCCACUUGUUGAAACAGCUCUUAUUUGACCACCUUCCACAAUAGCAGCCUGAAACAACUUUCUAAAGACUGUUGACAUUCGCUGGAAGCCUUGGGAAGUGCAAUCUGGCCCCAUAGGCACAGCGUAUUGGAUAGGCAAUCACUUAAAUGAAACUACAAACCUCAGAUUUCCCACUUCCUGGUUGGAUUUGUCUCAGGUUUUCGCCUACCAUAUGAGUUCUGUUAUACUCACAGACAUUAUUCAAACAGUUUUAGAAACCUCAGAGUGUUUUCUAUCAAAUACUACUAAUAAAAUGCAUAUAUUAGCAUCUGGGACAGAGUAGCAGGCAAUUUACUCUGGGCACCUUAUUCAUCCAAGCUACUCAAUACUGCCCCCUGUCACCAAGAAGUUUUAAGAUAGCUCGUUGGGGCAACUGUAUAUAUUUUUUUAUUUUUUUUAUUUUACCUUUAUUUUACUAGGCAAGUCAGUUAAGAACAAAUUCUUAUUUUCACAGUCAUAUCACAGUCAUAGUAAGUCCAGAGUCAGAGCUUGAACGUGGGGGAAAAGUCAAGUGCGAGUGUUUGUUCAUGAAAGGCAUUUUUUUAUUCAGUGUAUUGUAAUGUUGUAUAUACAUUUAAGAAAAUAUAAGUAUACUGAAUAAAAAUAUAAAUGCAACAUGCAACAAUUUCAAAUAUGUUAAUGAGUUACAGUUCAAAUAAGGUUAUCAGGAAAUUGAAAUAAAUAAAUUAGGCCCUAAUCUAUGGAUUUCACGUGGCUGGGCAGGGGUGUAGCUGCCUUAAUUUUGUUGGACCCCAGGAAGAGUAGGUGCUGUCUUGGCAGGAACUAAUGGGGAUCCAUAAUAAAUACAAAUACAGCUCCCAGGCUCACCCACUGGGGAGCUAGGCCAAGCCAAUCUGAAUGACUUUUCCCCCACAAAAGGGUUUUAUUACAGACAGAACUCCUCAGUUUCAUCAGCUGUGGCUGGUCUCAGAUUAUCCCGCAGGUGAAGAAGCCGGAUAUGGAGGGCCUGGGCUGGCGGUUGGUUUGAUGUACUGCCAAAUGCUCUAAAACGACUUAUGGAAAAGAAAUGAACAUUCAAUUCUCUGGCAACAGCUCUGGUGGACAUUCCUGCAGUCAGCGUGCACACUCCUUCAAAACUUUAGACAUCUGUGGCAUUGUGUUGUGUCACAAAACGGCACAUUUUAGAGUGGCCUUUUAUUGUCCCCAGCACAAAGUGCACCUGUGUAAUUAUCAUGCUGUUUAUUCAUCUACUUGAUAUGCCACACCUGUCAGAUGGAUGGAUUAUCUUGGCAAAGGACAAAUGCUCACUAACAGAAAUCAGCUUUUUGUGGAUAUGGAAUAAUUUCUGGGAUCUUUAAUUUCAGUUCAUGAAACAUGGGACCAACAACUACAUGUUGUGUUUUAUAUUUUUGUUCAGUGUAUUGUUCAGUAUAUUGUUCAGUGUAUUUAGUCAUGAAAGGUGUAUUCAGUGUAUUGUACUGUUGUAUAUAAAUAUAAGUAUUUAGUUCGAGACUAGAGGUGGGCAGCUACAGAUGGUCAUUAUGGACCAUGUGUCAAAUGCAGCCUGAAAUAAAGUCUGUUUGUGCUAACAUUCCACUCCUAACUAGUCCCAUUUGGCAUGUGAAAUGGUCCUUGGUUUCAACUGUACUGUGGCUACAUGACUUCCCUGUAUGGUGGUGAAAUGUUAUGCUUCAUACAGUCAUCUGUGUUCAUAUUGUUUCUGUUCUGCUAUCUUAUUUAUUGUGUUUCUCAGUGAUUAGUGACACCUCUCAUUGAAAGCCUCCUUUGAGUACUUAUUACUGCAUUGGUCUUUAUUAUUAUUCUUCCUGUAAACUAUUCUGUUUUAUAACAGCCACAAUAAGCAACAUGUUUAAUGUUAGCAAUGCUUUAUUAUAUGAUCGUCCAUCAGCCAAAACGUCAGUACUUCCAGGGGUGAAGAUGGACACUUGUUGGUUGUUUGGAACGUACUUACAGUAUGUUGACAAUUGAAUAAAAAUGUGAAGAAAUA